UAAAGGGUAAUAUAGUGUAGCUGUAAAGAGCAGACGUCGUGUUGACAGGUUGACACCGCCAUGUUGACUCCGGUACCUCGUGAUAUUAAUCUCGCGGAAUCAGAAUCGUUUUCUGGAAAAUGAUUGAACAAAUGGAAACUGACAUAACUUCGAGCGCGAAUACAGCCGAUUUGGAAUUUGCAGCUCCGGAGAAACAGAAGGCCCGUGCAUUUCUGCGCGAACGCUUCUUACGCGUUAUAACCGGCAUUGUUGGUAAACAAACGGAAUUUUAUUUACACGAAAAUACUCGUGUGCUGGGUGAAUUCAGGGGUUGCGAUGUGGAAUGUUCUGAGAUUUUCGCGAGAAAUUUGAAAACACCAAUGGGCACGAUUCCGGAAGCUAUUCUGCGAAACGGUGACAUUAUCUAUUUGGAUAUAGGUGACAUUAAUAUUGAUUAAUAAGAAAGGAAGGACGUUUUCAAACCUCCGUUAGUGACAACGAACUUUUGAUUCGUAAAAGACGACGGCACACGCCAGACAGGUGACAGGCCUCCUUUCCUUUCCGCGAUGAUGAAGCAAGCGAGAUUUUGUCAGUAAUCGUCUUGCAGUAAUGAAGCAUUGACAACGUAACGACGACAGACGAUAAACGAUGUUAAUCGAGAUUGGCAUAAAAACGUCACGUGUUCUUAUUCACCUCGACAGGAGAUUCAGGCUGUUAAAGCUCAAUUUUUUUUUUUUUUGACGAACGAGGUACCGUUAACCGUAUCGCUUCUUCUCCCUCCGCCAAGCUUCACCUUUCGAAAUUUCUUAUAUCCGUAUCAUUAUGGCUGAUGCCGUUCAGCCGAUUGGCUGCGUUUCAUAAUGCGACGAGAAUGUCUGUAGGUUUUCUUUUUACAAGGCACCCUCGUCUCGGAUGAUGAGAUGCAUUUACAUUUCUAUAUUCUUUUAUUACUGAGAUAUUUUCUCUUGCUUCGUUUCCCACAAGACGAAAGAUUACGCCGUUUCGCGACAGACGUCUGUUUGUUCCUUUGUAUCGAUAUAUACAUUGGUUAUCUAUCUUGCAUUGCAAGGUAAUUUAAUUAAACCACGUGGCGUAAGUGAGCUGUCAUUAGCGGGCGCGUGGAUCGCACAAUAUUUUUAUGUAAACUGCACCUUGAUAAGGCAUUUCCUAUGAUGAAAAAAAUGUUAAUACCUCGUUUAAUAGAUGAUUAGGCUAGGUAAAGCAUGGUAAUUUCUGAUUUUAUAGCCGUAGAUCCGAGAUUUGUUCGUGCCUGCUGGCGGUAUCGAAGAAGAAUGUAAUCAUUUCUGUGUAAAUGUUAUCCUGAAGAAUAUAAUUUAUAGAUAAAUACCGUCGAGGUACACGUAGAAAUUAAUAUGAAAUACUACCCGCCAUUUAUAUGUAUAUAAUAUAUUAUAAGUCACACAAGAAUCAGCUGCAUAUUUUUUUACAUCUCGAAGCGAAGAUAUUGAACGAGGAUAAUGUUUCAUCAUUGAGUCAAUGAGCCAACAAUUACAUUUAAGUACAAUAACUAACUUAAUAAUAAAUAACCUUACGACGAAAAAAAUACUCUAUCUCUAAAGAUUUUUUCAUUUGAGAAGCUUGCAAUAAGCAUAUUACUAUUAGUAAUUUAAAUAAUAUUUCUCGUAUUUAAGAAAAUUGUAGCCAUAAUUAAGCAAUUUUCUAUGAUUACUAUCGCAAAUUAAAAUAAUGGAAUCU